CUCCUCGUCGUGAAUCCAAAAAUCAAAACUUGGCGAGUUGUUCUCUAUCCAAGAGCUCUUUCUUCCUUCUCUGUGAUUGAUUGGUUCUAGGGUUUGUGGAAAAGACUCUUUCGCUUUCUAGGGUUUCCUGAUUUAGGGUUCAGGAUAUAAAAAUCUGUGCUUUUCUUCAUCCAACAAGAAGAAAGAUGUAUGCUGAUAGAUUGGAGUCUGAGUCUGGAAGCAGGAACACGGUAAAGGAUCGAAUCAACGGCGGCUCUGGCGAUAACUCUACUCGCUCCCGACAAGUUACUGGGAAGAGGCAAAGGCAGGACGAUAAAUGGGAGCAUGAUCUUUUCAAUAAGGACAAACCUCAACUCUCAAGUCGCAGAGUUGAUACUAGAGAUCUUCGCCUGAAGCUCCAGAAGAGAGAUGAUGGGUCUCAAAGUGGGCGAGGAGGUGGUUCAGGGGUGCGGGAUUUACGUGAGAAGCUCUCUGGGACGAUGACUGUGCAACCGAAGAACAGUGACCCGCUGAAAUCUAAAGUGGAGGCUGCUAGACCAAGCAUGAAGAGUGUAGCGACUGAUACUGAAACAGAGGUUACUAGAAAAGCUUCAGGUCAAGCUACCAGGAAGAAAUCACAGCAGGCUGGUGGAUCGGUUGAUAGCUUUCUGGAAUCAUUGGGUCUCGAGAAGUAUUCAACAGCUUUUAAAGUGGAAGAAGUUGAUAUGGAUGCUCUCAUGCAUAUGACAGAUGAUGACCUCAAGGCUAUGCUUAUACCAAUGGGCCCAAGGAAGAAGAUACUUCUUGCUUUGGGAUCCAAACGCUGAUAGUCUAGUGUCUUUUGCAUAACGGCUUCAAGCUCAUCUGAAACGGUCUCCGGAAGUCGUUACAUUAAGCCAUUGUCGAACUGAUUCCUGAAUUGUCUUUCUUUUUUCUCGUUUUUUUUUAUGUAUCAGCCCAUAUCAAGAGAUUGGAAUUUUGGCUGUAUACAUCUGUAAUCGUAGAUAUAGUGAAACAAACACUGCCGGUUUACUCCACUUUUGAUGUGUGAAAAGCUUCGAGUUUAAAACACAA